AAAGUGCAGCGUGGCGCGGCGUCGAGGAACAAAACGCUGCUGUUCCACGCAUCCGUGUCAGCGCGCGCUCGCAAGACCGCCACGCGCGCGUAGUUCAUUCAACUGAUGGCACGCGAAGAUGCCGAUUUCGGCACUGGAUGUGAGAACGGUGAAGCUAAUCACCACCACGCAGAUAAUAACGUCCGUGUAUGCCGUGGUGAAGGAACUGAUAGAGAACGCCAUCGACGCCGACGCCGACAACAUCGAGAUCAACCUUGUAGACAACGGUACAACGUUAAUAGAGGUAAAGGACAAUGGUUACGGCGUAUCCAAGGAGGAUGUACCUUACAUGGGAUUACCUUCCUACACGUCUAAAAUAUCAAAUUUUGAUGAUCUAGAUACAUUGCAAACGUUUGGGUUCCGAGGAGAGGCGCUUAGCGCGGUGUGUGCGGUAGCUGAAGUUACCGUUGUAACAAAAACAGAGAAGGAUAACGUUGGAGCCUCGUACACUAUGAAUUAUGAUGGAGGAGUUUUGAACUGCGAACCUUGCCACAGAAGCACCGGUACUACGGUACAAGUGAGAAAUUUAUUUAAACAAGUGCCUGUGAGAAGACAAAUAAUUACGAAUACGAGAAAGGCUAAUCAGACUGUCAAAUUAUUGGAGAUAUUGAUGCAGUGCUUUGGGAUAUGUAAACCAAACGUGCGAAUUCAAUUCAGGGUGAACAAUAACGUUAUGUUUACGAAGCCGAGUCUAAAUAAUAUCAAAGAGGCUGUGAAUCAUGUACUUGGCAGAAAAAUUAUGUCCAACAUGGAAUGGAUUGAAUUUAAGAAUGAAGAGCUUACUCUACAAUUAAUGUUGCCUUCGAGAAAAGUACAGGAUUUGUCAGAAAUUUCUCAUCCUGACUUACACUAUAUUUUUGUAAAUAAUAGACCAAUUAAGCACAAGGGGCUUGAAAAGCUACUAAAUAGCCUGAUAUUAGAACAUUUUGAAGAGUCAUGUAGAAAGAAAAUAAUAUUUCUGGUGCAUCUCACCUUGAGGCCAAUGGACGUUGAUGUCAACCUUGAACCAAAUAAAGAUGCAAUUUUUUUUAAAGAUCAGAAUAAAGUCCUUAAUGCUGUAGAUAAAUGUAUAAGGAAAUUUUAUGGACUUAAAUCUGCGGAAGUUACCGAGCAAAACGUGUCGUUAGACACGUCUGCUUGUUAUGAAGAUUACACACCUAGUGCGAAUGAAAAGGUAACCGACACCGAAUUGCCUGUAAGCAAAAAACGAAAAAUAUACGCUGCAGAAAAAGUUAUUCAAGAAGAUGUUAAAGAGAAGCCAAUACUUCAUAAUGGUAACGGAUGUGAAAAACCUCAAGAUAAGGAACAGAAUGACAAUCAGAUUCAUGAUCAGAAGCAUUACCAGGAUGCAUUGGCUUUAACAAACCAUAUGCAACCACCAAAUCUGAGUGAUUCUGAUUCAAACGAUAGCUUUGUUACUUCUAAUGAUAAGGCAGCAAAAGAUCGUCUAACUUUAAGUCAACUACCAGUAGUAGACCUCGGUGAGGAUUUUGACAUAGAAGAAACUGGAAAUUGUAAUAUUUGCAUGAAUAAAAAUGAGGAUAAAGUGGACAGCCAAGAAAAGAAGCAAGUUACAUUAGAAGCAUGGAGCAAGGGACAUGUAACUGGACUUAUGGGUGGUACAAAUAUAAAAUCAGAUAUUGCCAUUGAGAGACAAUCGGAUGAUAACAUGAAUAAUAAGAUUGAUGAAAUGAUAGAACCAAAUAAAACUCACGUUGAUCACAAAGAUCUUAAAUUUCUAAAACAUGUUAGAUUACAAGUUGCAAAUGAAAAUCCUACAUUGACAGCAGCCCAAGCUGCAAGAAAGAUUACCGACUUCUGGAAGCAACUAUCGUCCGAAGAGCGUGGUUAUUACCGCGAUAUCGCACGGGACGAAGAAAAGGAACAUAAGAGACAGAAAAAAGCCGAGGAAAGAGAGAGAGUAGAUGCGAGCAAAGUAGGCUCGGAGAAAACUAAGAGCAGACUCUUACAGCUAUUUGAAAAGAUGAAAAAUACGAAAAACGAGAAGAAAGAAGAAUCAAAUAUGAGGACGAUAGUACCUUGGGUCAUUGACCGAGCCAACAUAAUUACGAGAUCGGGUUUCGACAGUGAGCACAUAAUAGGUCGACUAACAUCCAACCUGUGGCUUGCUACAAUUUGCGAACAGAUAUGGAUUGUGGACAUUACUGGUCUGAUCAAAGGAUUGAAAGUCACUAAUAUCGAUGCAGAUAAGAUUGAUGCCAAGAGGAUCGAACGUCUUCUCAAACAAUGGCUGGUGGAACGAGAUGAUAUGUCAGUGAUGCGUUCCAUAUACGAAUUCGCGAAAAAAGCGUAGACACUUUAACACUGCGAUUCAUGUAAAAUAUAUGUAUAUAUAUAUAUUUUUUGGGUCAUCUCACAAAUAACUUUAUAGCGUCACAUUUUAUGUAUAUACAAACUGGUCAGACAAACUAUAAUCUGUCUAAUCCUACACGUGACAGAAAGUGAAACAUGUACAAAUAAUGAAUAAAGAAAUCACAAGGUA